AUGGAUGAGGUUAGGACCCUGUCUCAGAGGUUGAGGAGAUUUUUUCAUAUUGACCACGGUAGCAUCGUAAAGCCAGAACAGUCCAUGACUUUUCGAAUUUCCGGCCUUUUAAGUGAAACGUCUGACGCCAAGUCUCGGCCUUUCAACAGCAAGUUAAGUCUUACAAUAUAUUUCUUUUUGAUACAACGGGAACCAGCAUUCGCUAUCUACGUGAUUUUAUGGCACAAACAGUAUGGUAUCCAGAAAGAAAAACUGCCAGACACGACAUGCGUGCGUUCUGUCAAAAUAGGUGAUGAAUGCAACGACCAAUCGGAAUGCAUCCCGGACGAAAAGUUCACGAACGUGCAGAUUGUGUGAACAGAGUGUGCAGUUGCUUUCCGGAUGUUGAGAACCAGGAGGUUGGAUGUGGAGCACACUGGAUAAUGCCUGGAAGUAUUCUGUUUAUUAUGGGAAUCACUACGAUCGUGUUUUGGCUCUAAAUAGUAGGAUAAGUUUGUGUAUGUUUCAAGAGUCAUACACUGUCGAACAUUAUAAAGGCUUCAAGAACCAACAAAAUAAUAUGCCAGGGUGACCUCGAUCUAUAAUCCAAGUUUACGUCUCCGCCUAUGUGAUUUCCGAGCUAAAGCUUAUAAUCUAUGUGUGAGAAAAAAUAAAUGAAGUGAACUAAAAAAUAUUGUAUUUGCAGUCAUCAAGCUGAAAAGUUUGAGGAUUUAUCCAUUCAGUUCAGUUAUAUAUAUGAAUUUAUACAUUUUGACAUGUAAAAAAUGCCAAUAAUAAUUUAUGUAGGCAUAUAAAACUGAUUAAUGUUCCACUAUUUCUUGUAUUUGUAUCUUUUGUACUGUGUGAUUUUAUAAUAAAAAUAGUGUAUAUGCAAUGUGCUUCCGUCGAUUUUUUAUGUUAUGAUUUUGAUCGGAAUUCUGCGAAAUUUGUACUACAGGCUUUGCAUUCUUUUUGAUCAAACGCAGGAGUUAUCGACGUUUCUCAUCUAAUCAGAAUCAUCCCCUAUAUACUUAAAUUAUGCCGCUCUUGCUAAUCGCAAUUACUUUAGCCAAAAAUAAUAACUUCAGUAUUAUUGGUCAAAAGACACGUUCUUCUACAGAAAAGUGAAACGUGGAUGGUCAUAUGCAUUUUAAGAGUUACGUUUUACUUUGACAAAAUACCUCGGUCACUCGUACUUAGGUUUGACUGCACUUCAGAAUUUCACCAGAAUACAAUAACUGUAAAAUAACAGGUAUUCGUACGAAAAAAAAAAACGCUAUUGUAAUCUACAAUUUUAAGUACACUUAUAAGAUUUAUUAAUCCAUCAAACGGUAUAAAUCACAAAAUGGCAACAAGUUUUGUACAUAACAUGACAAUAAAUUAUAUUUACAAUAAUAAAUA